UCGGAUCGUCAUAUACAGUACAUUAGUUUAAGUUUCCCUCGACUUUCUGUCUGCAGCUGUUAUGACACGGCUUACGAAACCAUCAUGUUGUUCUACUCUUAACCUCUUUGCACACAGGAUUAUUCGAUAGAAAAGUCAACAACUUUUGGCUAUUUAAAUUUGUAAACAUCAUGCCAAACGUCGCCACGGACUCCAGCAGCGCUCAUGAGCAAAUCAACGAACCAGAGCUGCCACCAUUUUCGGCAUAGAUGAUAGAGCGAUAACAUGUCGCAUGGACUAAUCAACGAUUCGAAAUUUUUGUUAAAAGCUCAAAAGAUUCUCUUAAAUCGAAACCGUUACACCGGCAAUGGGCUGGAUGGAAGAAUAAUUAUAUGGAAUGAAAUUCUAGCUGAAAACUCCCGGCAGCGCACAAGUUCUCCUGUGCGCGCCAUCGCUAAAGCCAUUCAGGACACACAAGGCAUAUUACCGGCAUCGAGCGAGCAGCCAGUCACAUCCGCCGACCAAUGUCACAAUCAGUCCCAAGAAGCCGGUAGUGGCAGUGUACGCGGUCUACCAUGGGGCGUGUGGUUAGACGGCACUCCGUCCGAGAAGCUGACCAUGGUGCAGCGGCAUUUGCAGGAAGAACACGAAUUCAUGUAUCCCAGCCAUCACAAACACUUCCAUCCGCCCAUGACCGAAGAGCAAUUGCAGGCGCUGCGCUCGGCGGCGGAAACUGAGCAACGCAAACUCCCCUUUGCUACCGGAAGUUCAUUAUCCGAUGACGAAUGUCAGAAAUUGGAGCAAGUAAUUGCGCAUCAAGAGGUCUACGCCCGUAUUGAGUCCAAGCGUAAAGAUGCUUUUCUAAAGGCCAAUAUGUCGCAGUAUUCGUCGGCAAAUACGCUGAGGAAGCAAAUGCGCUAUGAAGAAUUCAAAACACACAGACUGGAUCAGUGCCGGAAAAAAUAUGAAGACUUCCGAUGGCAGCAUAAAAAGAAAGUGUCCAGUUUCCGACAGGAAGCGAUAAAUACCAUCGGAAAAUUUUGCCUCUCGAAUCCGCGUUCCGCAGGAUUUCCCACAUCGAUCACGUUCGAUGUCAUGGAGGACUUCAAGGCAAAGCUUCAUCAACGCCAGUUCAAGACUGACAGUGCAUUGAUCUCCUAUAUGAAACAAAUCAAUAAACUUUAUAAUAAAGAAACAAAGUUUUUCCGCACCAUUCGCCGUCAAUCCAAACAGCCGCAGAAACACUUCAUUCGGACGUAUUCAAACAAAAGGUCAACUCCACACGGAAAGAAAUUGGUUGGACAGUGGUCGUCCAGACCAACGUUCGCUCGGAACUCAAUUGGCUUCGCACUACGCGGAUGUCCGAGCUUGGUGCGCAGAGAAAUGACACAAAUCCUGAAAGAUCGACCUGUCAAACGGACGAACGUCGAUCAUUUGCGUACGGCAAGUUACUGGCACCGUCAAACCGGCACUAUAAUGUGCAUGCAGUGUGGCAGACAGAAAAAAGCCAGUGUCGACCGCACCGUGAUUCCUGAGUUCUGGAUAAUAUUCCUUAUAAAGAUUGGACAACUUUGCGACGGUUGUCCUCCGUUGGAGGUUUUUUCAAAAUCACUUCGUUCACGUGAGAAGCCCAACAAAAAGCAUCGCGGAACCGCACUGCUGUUUCCAAGAUACGAAGCUACGCUGCAUAGAGCACGGCGCCAACGAGAAGUAAAAAUCAACAAAGGAAAAUACCAGGAAUUAGCCAGCUUGCAAAUCGGACUAAAGGGAACAGCAGUGGAGAUCAGGGGUAAACGAUUGCAAAAGAAAAAAGGCAAAAACGAGGAAAGUAUACUGGAUUUCGAUGGCUAUGAAUCUGUUCCAUAGAAACGAAUUUAAUUUUUCGUAAUAUAUUGCAACGAUUUUCCGAAGCCAUUAAGAUUACUUCAAUAAGCCAGCAAAAAAGGAGGAACGUUUGUCAGUCUUUGUCAUGUCUACCAAAGCAGAAAAACUAGGAAUCAUCACAAAAUUAUUACUAUACACAAUUCUUUUAUGGCAUCAGAUGAACGUCCAUAGCAUUCUUAAAAAACAAACGAGAGCUGGGUUGU